GCAGGUUCCCUGCAGGGAGCCUGAUGUGGGACUGAUCCCAGGAACCCGGGGUCACGACUUGAGCUGAAGGCAGACGCUCAACCACUGAGCCACCCAGGUGUCCCUAAUUUGUUUUAGUAAUCUCUACACCUACCAUGGGGCUCGAACUCAACCCCGAGCUCUAGGGUCACAUGCUCUUCCAACUGAGCCAGCCCAGAUGCCUCAUAAGCUUAUAGCAGUUUUAAAUGCAGGAUCCAAACCGGGGGUAGGUAUCACAUUGAACUGUCAUGUCUUUUUUGCUUCCUUUAAUCUAGAAUACUUCCUCAACCUUUAUUUGUCUUAUUUAAUACUGACAUUUUUUAAGAAUACAGUCCCCUCUCCCCCAUUUUAGUAGAAUGUUCCUCAAUUUGUGUUUAUUCAGUUUGCUCAUGAUUUAGGUUGGUGAAAGCAGUCUCGGGUGGAGCUCUGCACAGCUGCGUGGUGUGCGGUACUGCAUCUAUGCAGUGUCAUGGAGAUGCAGUAUUGUUUUUCUCGGGGCAUCAUGUCUGGAGGCACACGAUGUCUAUCUGCCACCCAUUGGUUAACUUCGAUCCCUGGUUCUAAUUCUUGUCCAAUCUCUCCCCUGUAUGAUAAUGCUUUCUAUAUUUUGUGCUUCCUUCCAACUGGUAAGUCGUCUAGGGAGAUGCUUUAAGACAUCCAAGCCUCCCCCUUCUUGGGACAAUUUCCCCGUAGUGUUAUCAGCACCCACUGAUGAUUCUUGCCUGAUCCAAUCUUUGCCAUGAUGGUUGAAAAUGAAUCACCUAAAUGUUUUUAAGUUUUGUUUAUUAUGUGUGCCUUUAAAUUAAUUUGAUUUUAUAUAGUGUGAGGAAUCUUAUCCUAUCCCUUCACCCCUCUCAUAUGUCUAACGACUUGGCUUCAUUUGUGGAAUGAAUUUUCUCAUUCUUUUCUCACUGGCAAGAAAUGUCCACUUUCUCAUGUGUCGAAUUUUCAUUUUUGCUGGGUUUGUUCCAGGGUUCUCUAUUCUGUUACUCCGUUCUAUUGUUCUAUUUGUUUAUUUCCACACCAAUACUAUAGUGUCUUAAGUCCUAUCACUUCGUAAUAAAUUCUGAUGUAUGGUAGAGCAAGUGACCCAUCACCUACUUCUUUAAAUUUGUCUCAGCCAUCUUUGUCAUCCAGGCACUCUAUUCACUAUCACAAGUAAUUUUCACAACAACCUUUGGAGAGGUGAAGCAACUUUCCCAAGGUCACAAAGCCAGGAAGGAGGAAUCUGACCCCUGGUCUGCCCAAGGCCAGAGCUCUUUGUGUUAUUUCCCGGGGUUCUGACUUCCCAAGGCCCAAGGGCCAGUUUUCCAGGCAUGGAGAAGUGGGAAAUCAGAGAAUCAAGUGUGGGCCGAUGAGAGAAGAGAGAUAUCAGACUGGUUUGAGCUGGGUCUCUGGGGUAUGGACUUUGCCAGCCAAGGGAUGGGGCUUCUGGAGGGAAUGAACCUGAGAGACACCCCCUUCCCCCCAAAAAAAAAACUGAUCACCCACAGGUGAUGGGCUCAUCUUCCGGCUUUCCAGGCUGAGCAGGGUAAGGUGGCAGCAGUUUGAGAAGGGACACCUGCAGCUGCUUUCAUGUUGGGUGUCUGGUGCCAGGGCUGAGAUGCAUGGAGGAGAUGGGAUCUGCCGGCUGCCUGCCUCCCUGCCUGGAGGCCAGGAUAGAUCCCACUCCAGGGAGCCCCAUCCUCCCCCAACUCCUCCCUGACUGAUUAAGGAACCCUAAUCAGCUUGGGAAGAUUAAGGGCUCUGGACAGCUGUUCCCACACCCCCACCCUGGGCUGCGCUGGCAAAGAGACCUGUAGGAGGACGUCAGAAGGGGGAUCAGCCCUGUGACCCCUCACCCCGGGCUUGGGCCCGCGCCCCGGACUUUCCGGUGAGUGGCAAAGGCCCCUUGGCCAGAACCCGGGUCCUUUCUGCCCCAAGUGGGUGUAUGGAGGGAGUGGGCAUGUCUCCCCUGACCCCUAUUGGCUCUGAGGAGAGAGGAGGGGCAGGCGAGAAGGGAACAGGAAGCAAGGGAAACAGGGGUUUGCGGUGAGGGGUGCGGUGGGCUUCCAGGCCAUGCCCUUAACCCCCGGAGGGUCGUCCAAGCCAGAGUUGGGGCUAUGGCAGUGGCCUCCAGGGUUAGUCAGGCUUUGAGAAGCUGGGGGUUGCGGAGAGGGCCCUGAGAGAGUUCGGGGGGCCUCGCCGCUCAUCGCACCCCGCUUCUGCUCCCAGAAGCCGGCGAUGAGCGCGUGCGCCCUCCUGGCGGGUGGGCUCCCCGACCCCCGGCUCUGCGCCCCCGCGCGGUGGGCUCGGUCCCCGCCCGGCGUCCCAGGGGCCCCGCCCUGGCCCCAGCCCCGGCUCCGGCUCCUGCUGCUGCUGCUCCUCCUGCCGCCCUCCGCCCUCUCCGCCGUCUUCACAGUCGGGGUGCUGGGCCCCUGGGCCUGCGACCCCAUCUUCGCCCGCGCCCGCCCGGACUUGGCCUCCCGCCUGGCCGCCGCCCGCCUGAACCGCGACGCAGCCCUGGAAGGCGGGCCCCGCUUCGAGGUGACGCUGCUGCCCGAGCCAUGCCGGACGCCGGGCUCCCUGGGGGCCGUGUCCUCCGCGCUGGGCCGCGUCUCGGGCCUCGUGGGGCCGGUGAACCCCGCAGCCUGCCGGCCGGCCGAGCUACUGGCCCAAGAGGCGGGGGUGGCGCUGGUGCCCUGGAGCUGCCCGGGGACGCCGGCGGGGGGCACCACAGCCCCCGCGGGGACGCCGGCGGCCGAUGCUCUGUACGCCCUGCUCCGCGCCUUCCGCUGGGCACGCGUGGCCCUAAUCACCGCGCCCCAGGACCUGUGGGUGGAGGCGGGACGCGCGCUGUCGGCCGCGCUCAGGGCCCGGGGUCUGCCCGUGGCGCUGGUGACCACCAUGGAGCCCUCGGACCUGUCUGGGGCCCGGGAGGCCCUGAGGAGGGUCCAGGACGGGCCCAGAGUCAGAGCGGUGAUCAUGGUGAUGCACUCGGUGCUGCUGGGCGGCGAGGAGCAGCGCUGUCUGCUGCAGGCUGCGGAAGAGCUGGGCCUGGCCGAUGGCUCCCUGGUCUUCCUGCCCUUCGACACGCUCCACUACGCCUUGUCCCCGGGCCCAGAGGCCUUGGCCGCGCUCGCCAACAGCUCACAGCUGCGGAGGGCCCACGAUGCGGUGCUCAUCCUGACGCGUCACUGUCCCCCGGGGGGCAGCGUGAUGGACAGCCUGCGCAGGGCCCAGGAGCACCAGGAGCUGCCCUCGGACCUAGAUCUGCAGCAGGUGUCCCCGCUCUUCGGCACCAUCUACGACGCGGUCCUCCUGCUGGCGGGGGGCGUCGCACGGGCACGGGCGGCCGCAGGGAGCGGCUGGGUGUCGGGAGCCGCGGUAGCCCACCACAUCCCGGAUGCCCAGGUCCCCGGCUUCUGUGGGGCCCUGGGAGGAGCCCAGGAGCCACCGUUUGUGCUGCUGGACACGGACGCGGUGGGGGACCGGCUCUUCGCUACAUACAUGCUGGACCCCACCCGGGGCUCCCUCCUCUCAGCUGGGACCCCCGUGCAUUUCCCUAAAGGGGGAGGAACACCUGGGUCCGACCCCUCAUGCUGGUUCGAGCCAGGUGUCAUCUGCAACGGAGGAGUGGAGCCCAGCCUCGUCUUUCUCGGCUUCCUCCUGGUGGUUGGGAUGGGGCUGACUGGGGCGUUCCUGGCCCAUUAUUUGAGGCAUCGGCUACUUCACAUCCAAAUGGUCUCUGGCCCCAACAAGAUCAUCCUGACUCUGGACGAUGUCACCUUUCUCCACCCGCAUGGGGGCAGCACCCGAAAGGUGGUCCAGGGAAGUCGCUCAAGUCUGGCCGCCCACAGCACAUCAGACAUUCGCAGCGUCCCCAGCCAGCCCUUGGAUAACUCCAACAUUGGCCUCUUUGAAGGAGACUGGGUUUGGCUAAAGAAAUUCCCCGGGGACCAGCACAUAGCCAUCCACCCAGCAACCAAGACAGCCUUCUCCAAGCUCCGGGAGCUCCGGCAUGAGAACGUGGUGCUCUACCUGGGGCUCUUCCUCGGCAGCAGGGGAGCUGGUGGCUCGGCCGCGGGGGAAGGCGUGCUGGCCGUGGUCUCAGAGCACUGUGCCCGGGGCUCCCUCCACGACCUCCUCGCCCAAAGGGACAUUAAGCUGGACUGGAUGUUCAAGUCCUCCCUCCUGCUGGACCUCAUCAAGGGAAUGAGGUAUCUGCACCAUCGAGGCGUGGCCCACGGGCGCCUGAAGUCGCGGAACUGCGUGGUGGACGGGAGGUUCGUGCUUAAGGUCACGGACCACGGCCACGCGCGACUUAUGGAAGCUCAGAGGGUGUUACUGGAGCCUCCCAGCGCCGAGGACCAGCUAUGGACAGCCCCGGAGCUGCUUCGGGACCCGGUCCUGGAGCGCCGGGGAACGCUGCCCGGCGACGUCUUCAGCCUGGGCAUCAUCAUGCAGGAGGUCGUGUGUCGCAGCGCCCCCUAUGCCAUGCUGGAGCUCACUCCCGAGGAAGUGGUAGAGAGGGUGCGGAGCCCCCCUCCACUGUGCCGGCCCUCCGUGUCCAUGGACCAGGCACCUGUGGAGUGCAUUCAGCUGAUGAAGCAGUGUUGGGCAGAGCACCCUGAUCUUCGGCCCUCCUUGGGCCACAUCUUCGACCAGUUUAAAAGCAUCAACAAGGGCCGGAAAACCAACAUCAUUGACUCGAUGCUGAGGAUGCUGGAGCAGUACUCCAGUAACCUGGAGGACCUGAUCCGGGAGCGUACGGAGGAGCUGGAGCUGGAAAAGCAGAAGACUGACAGGCUACUCACGCAGAUGCUGCCUCCUUCUGUGGCCGAGGCCCUGAAGAUGGGGACGCCGGUGGAGCCCGAGUAUUUUGAGGAGGUGACACUGUACUUCAGUGACAUUGUGGGCUUCACCACCAUCUCAGCCAUGAGUGAGCCCAUCGAGGUGGUGGAUCUGCUCAACGAUCUCUACACACUCUUCGACGCCAUCAUCGGCUCCCACGACGUCUACAAGGUGGAGACAAUCGGGGACGCCUACAUGGUGGCCUCGGGGCUGCCGCAGCGGAACGGUCAGCGACACGCCGCGGAGAUCGCCAACAUGGCCCUGGACAUCCUCAGCGCCGUGGGCUCCUUCCGAAUGCGUCACAUGCCCGAAGUACCCGUGCGCAUCCGCAUUGGCCUGCACUCGGGCCCAUGCGUGGCCGGCGUGGUGGGCCUCACCAUGCCACGGUACUGCCUAUUUGGGGACACGGUCAACACCGCCUCGCGCAUGGAGUCCACGGGGCUGCCUUACCGAAUCCACGUGAACAUGAGCACCGUGCGGAUUCUGCGCGCUCUGGACGAGGGCUUCCAGACAGAGGUGCGCGGCCGCACGGAGCUGAAGGGCAAGGGCGCCGAAGACACGUACUGGCUGGUGGGCAGACGCGGCUUCAACAAACCCAUCCCCAAACCGCCCGACCUGCAACCGGGCGCCAGCAACCACGGCAUCAGUCUGCAGGAGAUCCCUCUCGAUCGGCGCCAGAAGCUGGAGAAGGCAAGGCCGGGCCAGUUCUCUGGAAAGUGAGGCCCGGCUGGAGCAGGGUACUGGAAGGUCCUCUUCCUGAAAGUUGCUGCUAUAGGUGACCAAAAGUCUGGCUGACACCAGUGGCUUCUAGCCAGCUCUGCCUCAAAGGAUUCCGGGCCUUUACAGGUGCUGGCUGCAAAUCUGCUGUGUGACCUUGGGAAAAGUCUUGUGCACUCUCUGUGCUUGGGUUCCCCCUCCAGGGCGAACUGAGGAGUGGCCUGUGUGGUUUCCAUGCUCCCCUGCUCUGACAGCUGCUUCAGCAGAGUUGGCCUGGGGAUAUGGGGCACUGGGCUCGGGGCCUCCAGCCCCAGAGUCUCUGAACCCAUCAGGAGAGGUUGGGGUGGGGAUUUUGCACUGUCCAGCGCCUCCCAAGACCCCAGGGAUGGGGUGUCUGGGUUUGGCCCCAACCCCAGAGGCAGUGGAGGAGACCCUUCCAACGCAGGGCUGUCACAUGGCCUAAGGAUGAGCCUCUGUCUAGCUUCCAGCGUCAUCCGUCCCCGCCUGUCAGACACUGCUCCCAUCGUGACUUGCUCAAGUGCAGAGAAAAGCUGGCUUCAAGGCUUGGGGGAAAGGAAGGCAAAUUGGCUGCUCCAAAACUCUGCUAACCAGAACAUUCCCUGCUUAACUGGGUAUCGCUGAGCAUCCCCUCUACUUAGAUCUUUCCAGCAUGCAUUAACAACCCCCGCCUGCUCCCACCCUACCCGUCCAGCUGAAGUUUCUUUUGUGGAACUGAUGUUCCAGAGCCUGAGCCUUGGCACGGCUGACUCGGGGUGCCCUUCCCCAUGGCUUCAGACCCUGGAAAGUUAGCCGCAACCAACCAGAGGGCUGCUUGAGGUAGUGAGCGUCCAGUCCCUGGAGGUCUCCAAGCAGAACCGGCAACAUCGUUGGCCAGGGAUGGAGCAGUGUGAGACAGGUUCUAGGUGUAAAGAUGAACCUGAUCCUUGGCAGGUGGAGCAUGGUUGGGAGCCAGUAGCAGCGACCUCACCUGGGAGCUUGUUAGAUAUGCAGAGUCUCAGGCCCUGACCUGACUUGAAUCAGAAUCUGCAUUUUAACGAGUCCCCUCCAAGCGCUCACCUGCGCUCGAACAUUUGUGAAACGUGUCACUAAGUGAUCCUGAGAAUUUCUAAGAUUUCAUUAAAAACCAGGCUAGACUCUAGCCCUGAGACUCCUUUUACUUGGUCUCUGGGGCAUUUUUUUGUUUCUUGUUUUGAGCUAAUAUUUAGAAGUGUUAGGGCUUCACUCUUCUGUUCUCAUGGUCCCUGCCCCUCCCCGAGGCUCCAGGACCCCAAGAUUUUCUUUCUUUCUUUCUUUUCUUAAAGACUGUAUUUAUUUAUUCAUGAGAAACCCAGAGAGUGGCAGAGACAGGCAGAGGGAGAAGCAGGCUCCCUGCGGGGGAGCCCGAUGCGGGACUGAUCCCAGGACCCUGGGGUCAUGCCCUGGGCCAAAGGCCCUGAGCUCAACCACUGAGCUCCCCAGGUGCCCCAGGCCCCAAGAUUUUCUAAACGUCAGUCCUUCUGUCUGGUGCCUGUGGGCAUCUUAGCUCAGGACUCCCCAGCGGCAUAGCUGCGGUCGGUCGGGCUCCUGGUGAUGCUCCUGCCUGGCUGUGAGAUCCUCCAGCUCCGUAGCACCUCCCCCCUUCCUCCCUAAAGGGGGGAGGUGUAGAAGAACUCUAAAACCCCAGCACUUGUAGGUUCUGGUUACUUGAGGUGGUGCUGCUAGAGUGAGUAAUUUAGCUCAAUUCAAAAAACAUUUUUAACCAAGUCUGGAGAUGAUGAGGUCAAGGCUUUUUAAAAAAAACCCUGAUGCACAUGCAGGUGCGCAUGCGUGUUUGUUUGUUUUUUAAUUAUGUACGUUCUUAAAUAUCUCCCUUCAGAUUUUCUCUGUACUUUGGUCCCAGGGAUGGGGGACAGACUGCCUCCCUGGCGCUGGACCUGACAAUGUGGCUGUAGCCCUCGCUCCCCUGUCUCUUCCCCGGCCCCCCUGCCGCCCCCCAUCAGCCCUCCCAGUAUCCCCCACUCCCACCCUUUCUGUCUCCUUCCAUCCCACCUGUGAGGAUGGCCUGUGAUUCAGGGAACCUCAGGGCAGAGUUGACCCGGGGAUUACCGGAUUAUGUGUGAGAGGACUAGUGUGGGCAGGCUGGGGCAGGACAGUUGUCAGAGGAGGAGGAGCUGGGGCCCAAACCUGGUUGGGGCCAGGUUAACAUGGAGGCAAGGCAGCAGGGCUGAGCAGGUCCCUUCCUACCUUCAACCCUGCCUUGUCCGGAGACCUCAGUCUCAGCUGAGCAGAGAUUGCUCCCUUCCCUGCCCCGUCUCCCCUCUCUAGGCCCAUACUUCCUCCCUGAGGUCCCUGAAGCUCUCUGCCAUUGCCCUGGAACCUUCCUUCCUGGGCCCAGUCAGGGUCCUAGACCCUGCUACCCGCUCCCCUCCAGUCCUCUUCACCUGCUAGCCCCGGGCACCCCCCAGCCCCUAGAGCACCUGCUUGGUCAUCAGGCACUCCCUACCUUCAGAUGUGUUUACACUACCUCUGCCGGCUGUCCACCCCCAGGACCCACAUUGGGGGCUGUCCCCGCCUGUGUGGCGGCUCUGUAGCCAGGACCAGUGAUGGCCAAAGCAGGGCCCUCCUGCAGCUGCUGCUUUGAUCCUGUAGCUGGGACUCCCCGUCAUGUCCCGGGGCUCACUUGGCAUCUUUUUUCUGCUGCUCCUCGGGGUCUGGGCCCUGCUCCCCAUUCUCACCUGCAGUGGACCCCGGGGACCCCCCUCUGGGGGAUCCGUUUCGCUGCCUUGUGGGGCUGUUGUUCACUGGGAUCUUCUGGACUGUGUGCUGUGGACGCCAAGCCAUGUGCCAUG